CUGAAUUUAACUGUAAGUGAUUUGAUUUUAGGCAAAGUGCUAUCACGGUACGCUUUAAUCACGAUCAAACACACACACACACUAUAGUGACUCAGCAACACACUCUUGCCCAGCGAUCAGCACUAAACGACUCCCCACACACACAUAUAAACACCCCAGAGCGCUCGCUUCAAAAUAACCCGCUUAUAAAUAGCCCACCAACCGGGGAUUUCCCUUUGAUAGUGAUUGUGCAAGACCCGGAGAGCUGCGGACCAGCAGCAGAAGGACAUUUAGAAGACAGAAAAGCAUAAUGUCCGACCAGCAGCCAGCUCCAGCCGUAUGUCCCGGCUGUCAGAACGAAGACUCUCUGCUUCUGCCGUGCGGACACCGCCUGUGCUCGUCCUGCCUGGAGUUGUGCCAGAGUGAGUUUGGGCAGGACAGGCCAGGCUGUACGGAGUGUUAUGGCCGUGAGCUGCUGGACAGCGUGUUGAAGGGGCUUCUGGACUCUCUGUUUGAGGGGCAGCGGCGGCGGGUGGAGGCUGGAGAAGCAGCGGUGGAGGAGGAUGGAGAUCUGUGUUUACGGCACAGAGAGAGACUCAGUCUGUUCUGCAUGGAGGACGAGGAGCUGAUCUGUGGUCAGUGCCAGGCUGAAGAGCAUGAUGAGCACGAGUGCAGCUCGGUUGAAGAGGCCACGCAAGAGUGUAAGAGGGAGCUGAGAGAAGCUCUUGGACCCCUGCAAGAGAAACUGGAGACCUUAAACGCAGCCAAGAAAAGCUGCCAGGAAACUUCACUGCACAUCAGGAGACAGGCCCAGAACACAGCGCGCCUGAUAAAGGAAAACUUCGAGAAGCUCCAUCAGUUCCUGCAUGACGAGGAGACGUCCGUACUGAGAGCUCUGAGUGAGGAAGAGGAGCAGAAGAGCCAGAAGAUGAAGGAGCAGAUGGACAGGCUGACCGACGAGAUCACGACGCUCAAAGAAACCCUCACUUCCGCAGAGGAGGCCAUGAGCGCUGAGGACAUGCCGUUUCUCAAGAGCUACAAGAAGACUUCUGAACGGAUGGACUGUACAGUUCAGGAUCCAGUGGAAAUCUCGGAGUCUUUGAUAGAUGUGGCCAAACACCUCGGCUCGCUCAAGUUCAGAGUAUGGGAGAAAAUGCAGAGCGCAGUCACUUACACUCCAGUGAUCCUGAACCCAAACACGGCUGACGUGUGUGUGUCUCUAUCCGACGACCUCACCACCAUCCGCUACAGUGAAGAAGAGCAGCUCCUGCCUGAAAACCCAGAGCGCUUCAGCUUCUACGAGUGCGUCCUGGGCUCAGAGGGCUUGGUCUCGGGGCGGCACAGCUGGGACGUGGAGGUAGGAGACUGCAGCGAAUGGGCUUUAGGGGUGGUCAAAGAGAGCGUUCAACGCAAAGAGUGGUUUCCUCCGAGUCCUGAGCGCGGUAUGUGGACUGUGGGGCUGUACGGAGGAGAGUAUCGCGCCCGGACGCCCACCAGCGCUCCUCUCAAACUCAAGAAGAAGCCGCAGAAGAUCCGCGUUCAGCUGGACUGUGAAGCCGGUAGAGUCACGUUCUCCGACGCCGCUGAUAACUCAAUUAUAUACAAGUAUAAGAAUAAGUUCACUGAGAAGGUGUUUCCGUAUUUCUCCAACACUUGUAAAAGGCAUCCAAUGCAUAUUUUAGCAGAGAAGGUGUCGGUGUACACGGAGUAAUGAGAGCGAUACGUGCAGAUAUCACUGUUUUUAAGGAAAUAAUUAGUUAAUUUGCAUAAUUAACCUAGUUGAGCCUUUAAAUUGCACUUUAAGCUGAAUAUUAACAGCAAAACAACUAAGAAAAUAUUAUGUAGCCUGCAGUCAUCAUGGUAAAGACAAAAGUAAUUAGAUGCUACUGGUUUUAAGGAAAGAAUUAGAUAACUUUUCUAAUUACCCUGGUUAAGCCUUUAAAUUGCACUGAAUGUUAGUGUCUUAGGCUAUACUGUUGUCUAACGGAUCACAAAUCUCACGGUUCCAGGGUUCAUACGCUCCUGGAAAACCUGGAAAAGUCAUGAAAUUUUGACAAGGCAUCUUCCAGGCCUGGAAAAGUUUUUUUUUUAAAGAUUUAUUUCUGGCUUUUUUGCCUUUUAUUGAGAGGAUAGAACAGUAUUUUUGACAGGAAACGAAGUGGGAGAGAGAGAGGGGAUAGGGACGGGAAUUGUCCUCGAGUCGGGAUUUGAACUCGGGACGCCCUGAGGUGCAACUGCACCAUAUGUCAGUGCACUAACCAGUAGGCAAUUGCUCUGACAAGCCUGGAAAAGUUUCUGAUAAAUAAAUAAACCCAAUAUGUUUUGGAAAAGUCUUGGAAAUUUGUAUAACAAAUAUCUGUGUACUUAAUAUAUUUGAGAUGAUAAUAUUGGGUAAAUUUCAAAUACAAUUACCAUGUCUAUCCCUUUACAUGACACUCUCUGUGUGGGGCAAAAAGCAACUUGCAGUUUCAGCUUCACCUCUUUCACUUGCAUUCAUCGUAAUUGAAGAUACAUUUUGAGUGUCAUGUCCAGAAACAGUCUCUAACUACAGAGGUAAGAUAAUGUGGGUGCUAAAGGCUAAUUUGUGCUUAUUCAAUAAGUCUUAUGAAAACACAAGCCAACAUUUCUAAAAGAUUUUCACACAAAUUAUUUUGUAAAAACUAUUUUAAAGAUAUAAAAUAAACAAACAUAUAUUUUCACAUUUGAUAUUGAUAUGCUGUAAUAAAUUUAAACAUACAUUUUUUUCUUAUUUACCGCAUAUAUGUAGACAUUACAUGAAGCAUUAGGUCAUCAAUAUUUACCUGAAGGUUUUGGAAAAGUCAUGGAAAAGCCCUGGAGUUUUAGUAGUCAAAGUGUUUAUGAACC